AUUCGAUUUGUUCCCUUGCACCGGCGCUGCAAUGUUUGGUUCUCAACCUCACUUUUAUGGAGCUGAUCCUGCGCUUCGCGCCAAUUUCGCAUCCGGUAUUGAACCGAGUAAGGAUAAACAUGCAAUUUUCAUGCAUUUCGAAAUGCUCACAGGAACGCCGGUAUACGCUGCAAAGAGAUUACAAUUCAAUUUGGAGAUGGUUCCAAUCGAAGAUGUUCCUUACUUAACCGACAUACGUGAAAUGUACUAUCCAUUGUUCUGGGUUGAGGAAGGAGCUGCCCUGGACGAGGAUUUUGUAAAGCAAAUCAAACCUGUACCCAUGGUUUAUAAAAUCUUCAAAAUCUUGAAAUGGACGGGAUUGGUACUUGGUUUCAUCGGGAUCAUUCUUUCUGGCAUUUUGUUUACAAUCAAACAGAACGCCGCCAAAGCUGCAGCAGCAGCUCCCAGUCCCAUGAAUAUUGAUGUUAAAUCUAUAGAAAAGUCCUUAAACUAAUCAAUGAUUAGACAAAUACAAUUUCAAACAAUUAUACGCUUAGCAUUGGUAUUAAAUUUGGAUUACCGAUUGUGAUGUUUUGAUGUUUUUUUUGUUGGCCCCAUUUAACCGUUUAAAUGUGAGUAACGAGUUUUUCGAUCUAAAAAUGGACAUUUUUCAACAUUUUUCCUACGAACGAGGCAAUAACAUGAAAAUGGCAAAACAUAUAUGUUUGAUGUUUAUAUUGCAAGAAAAACGUUAAAUGAAAAACGGAUAGUUCAAUAGAAAUUCUAUAUUUUUAAAAAAAAUGUGUUGAUGUGUGAUGGAACAGCAUAUCCAAUUAAAAGCCUUUAUCAUAUAAAAUGUUACUAUCAUCCAUAUGCGAUUGCUUGAACGCGACUGGUUCUUCUUUUUCACACUACGGAUGCCGCCAUUGUUGUAAAAAUGUUGAAAAAUGAGUGCGUUUAAUAAAAUACCAAUUUCCG